AGAGACAGGAGAGCGGAGAGAGAGAGAGAGAGAGAGAGAGAGAGACAGGAGAGCGGAGAGAGAGAGACGGGAGAGCGGCCGUCUUCCUCACUGUUAGUGUGAAUUCUCGCUCCUGGGAGCAGAAAAUCCCCUUCUUUGCAGCUGUGUGUGAAUUGCCCCCCACCCCACUCCAUUCAUGAACACCUCGGACAGCGAAGAAGAUGCUUGUAACGAGAGGACGGCGCUGGUGCAGUCUGAAAGUCCUUCCCUGCCAUCGUACACGAGGCAGAAUGACCCGCAGCACAGCACCACAGAGCCAAAGCGGCGUCGACAUGCUAACUCAGACUCUGAGGCAGGAUGUGUUACCCACGGGGGCGUUGGCACAGCAACGGAGCGAGAGCCUGGCCACGGCCCGGAUGGUGAGGAUGAGGAGCUGACACUGAAGUAUGGUGCCAAACACGUUAUUAUGCUCUUCGUCCCGGUCACGCUCUGUAUGGUGGUUGUCGUGGCGACCAUCAAGUCUGUCAGCUUCUACACCGAGAAAAACGGCCAGCAGCUGAUCUACACUCCAUUCACAGAGGACACCAACUCUGUGGGCCAGAGGUUGUUGAACUCUGUGCUCAACACCAUUAUCAUGAUCAGCGUGAUUGUGGUCAUGACCAUAUUUCUGGUGUUGUUGUACAAGUAUCGUUGCUAUAAGUUUAUCCAUGGCUGGCUGAUCUUGUCGUCUCUAAUGCUGCUGUUCUGGUUCAGUUACAUGUAUCUGGGGGAGGUGUUUAAGACCUAUAAUGUGGCGAUGGAUUAUCCGACGGUGGCGAUGAUUAUCUGGAACUUUGGAGCAGUGGGGAUGAUUUGUAUCCACUGGAAAGGUCCUCUACAGCUUCAGCAGGCUUACCUCAUCGUCAUCAGCGCUCUAAUGGCCCUCGUCUUCAUCAAAUACCUACCAGAGUGGUCAGCCUGGGUCAUACUAGGGGCCAUCUCUGUCUACGAUUUGAUAGCCGUGCUGUGCCCUAAGGGUCCGCUGAGGAUGCUGGUGGAAACUGCGCAGGAGAGGAAUGAGCCCAUCUUCCCUGCGCUCAUCUACUCCUCUGCAAUGGUCUGGAUGGUAGGGAUGGCCAAUCCAUCUCAAGCCAGUGAUACUGCUGACCGGAGUGCAGAUGAAGAAGCACAUCAUAAUGAAGACAGAGCUGAGGAAAGGGAAGAGGCGGAGCCUCAGAGACCGACAGUCCAUGGGCAGAACAGAAGUCACUCGGUGGAAGAGGACCUGGAGGAAGACAGGGGUGUGAAGCUGGGGCUGGGAGACUUCAUCUUCUACAGUGUUCUAGUCGGGAAGGCCGCAGCCACAGGAGAGGACUGGAACACUACGCUGGCCUGCUUUGUAGCCAUCCUCAUUGGUCUCUGCCUCACUCUGCUGUUACUGGCCAUCUUUAAAAAAGCUUUGCCGGCACUGCCGAUCUCCAUCACAUUCGGACUGGUCUUCUACUUCUCCACGGACAACCUGGUGCGGCCGUUCAUGGAUAACCUGGCGGCUCAUCAGUACUAUAUCUGACCAGGGCUCCGGAGUGGUGAUGUGGAGGGUUGUACUGCCUGCUGGGAAGCCAUGCGAGCGCACCAGUGACCUUGGUGUACUAUGUUUCAGUGAGAAAAAUUAAAAAUGUCUUUUAUUUAUCCUCGUAUCUGAGAUGGCUUUGAUCUUAUCUGAGAAGAUAGCGUGUUUGAGAGCAGGCUGGUUGAUGGCACGCCUGCAUAAGCUAACUGGUGACAGCUGCACGGGUCAAAGAGCCAGUCAACUCUGCACUGCUGGUCAGAUAUGAAGAAAACUAUGAUGGGAAGAAAUCCGUGGUAGACUAUUUGGAGACAAACUGACAUCUGGCGCUGGAAUCUUGGGUCGUAUGUAUCAGAUGUCUUACAGAAAGUGCUGAACUAGUCUAGCAACUGUUGCCAGGUGUGAAAACUUUAAAGAACGUUAGUGUGUCCAGUUAUCCAGUUAUUUCAAUCUAAUUGAGUCAGGUGACUUAAACGUGAUUUUUUACUAUAAAUUGAGCUGCUUGAAGACCAUCAAAUCCAUUUUAGCUCCAUGUUAUUAAAUUCCCCCACUUAAAACUUAAUGCUGAAUAAUCGUUUAGAAUUGCUCUCGAAAAUUUCACUUCCCUUUCCGAUUGUGUUAAAUAUGAUUAAAUAUUCAGCCCUAAUAUUGGCAGAUAUAAAAGAAAAAAAAACACCUGUAUUGGAUGAUUAGACUUAAGAAAUAAUUCAGACUCAUUUGAUGACACAUCAUCUAUUCUAAAAGAUCGACCGACACUGACGAAUAUGUACGCAAAAAUAUCAGAAAUGGACAUCGAGCCAGAAUUCCCAUGUCGGUGUGUCUCUACUAUUUACGCUAAUGUUCUGUAAAGCUUGUCCAACAUAAUGACAACAGUCCUAGAGCUAGAACACAUCUGUGGGCAGAACAUGCAGUUUCAGGCAGAUGUGAGGCCACAACUGACCCUAGAUCAGCACUCUUAUGAUGUUUGCUGCAUUUGCUUCAUGUUCCAGGUCAGAGGUUGCCUUGACUGACCUCUCUAAAUAUGGUGUUCAGAUGUGGGCUGGGUUUCCCAAGAAACUCUCUGUUGCUGUCUUGUCUUUGAAAAACCUGCAAGGAAGCCCUACUAAUACAACAUGUAUUCAGCACCACAGAAUGAACCACGUUUGUUGAGCUCACAUCUUGUUUAGAAUUGCCAGACGGUGGCAGUCAUUUCUAGGUUUUGCAUAGCAAAAUAUUAGCCGUGUUAAUUUGACAGUUAAUAAUAAAGGCCUAUAUUCUUGUCAACGGUGCUUUAUUUCUUUCUAUCUAUUUACUGUGUUAUGUUUUAGCAAUUAUGACUUUGUAAACCAUGCAUGACAAACUGAUAUGACCAUCUGGUUUAGCUUCAUGAUCUUUGUGUGAAAUCAUUACUUAGAUUUAACAUUAGUGACCAUCAUUUAACCCGAAAUCAAGCUGCAGUCCUGUGCAAAAGUUUGGUCAAAUUUUAUGUUUGAAUAAUUUGCGAAGCGAAUAAGUUUCUAAAUUUGAAUAUUACAAAUAAAAUGUGGCCUGUGCGAAA